GCACCCCGCUUCAUCAAGUACAACUUGAUGCGGACGAUGCAUCAGCAAGAUGACAUCAUCCAUCAGCAGCUUGAGGAUCGCGAGUUCGUUCAAGAGCAGUUUGGCAAGAUGACAGAGCGAAUAGACCGGCUAUGUCAAGCCUUGAUCGAAGGAGAUGCCUCGCCUCUGCGCAUGCGUGCCGCGCUUGGCACCAUCGACACCUCCUCGAUGUGCAGCGUGCACACGACGCAGGAUUUCGACGGCAGCAAGAGGGAGAGCAUGGAACGGGAGAUUGUGGAGCAGCCGCACUUGUCGAAGCGGGUGCUCUUGAGCAAAACCUUGGCCGAUGCCGAGGGAAGUGUGAAGCUGGCUAUGGAAAGAUUGGAGCAGCUGGUCCUCUCCGCCACAGAGGGAGCCCUGAAGCAGUCUACAGCGGUGCUUGAGACGUUGCUUCUGGAGGCCCAGUGCGGGCCAGGUGGGGCGAAGCAGCAGACCGAGGCGCAGAUUCUCGCUCCGGCGCCUGCGCCUGUCGCUCACACCCGCAUCACUAUCGAGGAUGUCAAG